AUGACUCCUUCCGACGUGAUUGCAAGUGCUGAUAUAACAUUCUCCUGCGUUGCCGAUCCACAAGCUGCCAAAGAUAUGGUUUUCGGUAAUUGCGGCGUUCUCUCGGAAAAUCUUACGGAUAAGGGAUACGUUGAAAUGACCGGAAUCGAUCCGGAAACAUCGCAGGACAUAGCAGAAUCAAUCACCGGAAAAGGAGGAAGAUAUUUGGAAGCUCAGAUUCAAGGCAGUCGAACUCAAGCCGAAGAAGGAACGUUAAUAAUUUUGGCUGCCGGAGACAGAUCAUUGUUCGACGAAUGUCAGAGUUGUUUCGAAGCCAUGGGAAAAAAUUCAUUUUAUCUCGGAGAGGUUGGUAACGCUUCCAGAAUGAACCUCGUUUUGCAAAUGAUGAACGGAGUCGCUUUGGCGGGCCUCGCCGAAGGAUUGGCAUUGGCCGACAGAGCCGGAUUGCAACAGAAAGACGUCAUGGAAGUGUUAGAGUUGACUCACCUUGCCUGUCCAAUGUUGGUCGACAAAGGAAAAGCAAUAAUCGAAGGUGGUUUUCCUACGCAUUUAGCAUUGACGCACAUGCAAAAGGAUUUAAGGUUAUCGUUGUCGAUGGGUGACAGAUUAGAGCAACCCCUACCUCUUUCAGCCUCUGCCAAUGAAAUAUUCAAACAUGCAAAACGUUUAGGUUAUUCAGAGCACGACGUGUCAGCAGUGUACAUCAGAGCUAGAUUUUAA